GUUAUUUUUAUUGCGACAAUUCUGCUGUUGGACGCUGGCAUCAGAGUUUAACAGUACUGACAAAUAUGUCGGUCUCUGAGAGUCUGUUACUCAGUAAUACUAUGGAUAUGUGAGAAGAACACAUAAUUAUCGUGGGAUUACGUUUAUUUGGCGGCCUCUCGGCGUUGUACAGGCCUGGAUAAGUUACAAACCGAGCAGCCUCUUCUCCGAACAGUUGGUCAAGCUAGCUGCCUGUAGUAAAAUAACGGAAGACGCAUCGGUGGUCUGCUAGCUGAUUAUUUAUCUGUGAAUUAGCCAGGAACUGGGAUAGCUAGCUACCAAGACAAGACCCCAUCACCGCUGAAAGGCUGGAGUAUGAAUUUUUGACGGAUACAACGACUUUUCUUUCAUUCUAACCGCAGGAUGAAAAAACAUGACCAACAGUGAAACAUCGGAUUUACUGUGUUUGGAACCCGAACCUCGCAGGAGCAUCCUAACCUACCGUGGGACUGGAUUCAGCGGUUUGUGACUCUGGACAGAAUUGUACUGUUCCAGUGUUUCAUCUGUUUACCCAUCAGAAGAGGAAACGUGUUUGCAUCCUGAGGAAUACUCAGUACACAGCUGGCCUUUGGAAUCUCUAUGUUCUACAUAUUAAAGGCACUACUUUUCCCUUUUUGUUGAGGUUGUUUUUAGGGCACGGCUCUGGAGAGACUGUAACCUCCACGGGAUUGUUGUGGGGAGGGUGUUAUCAAAGCCUCAGUGCCCUGCUAGGGAAGGAAGUGGAGGAAGGUCCCUGGAGGUCCCUGAAGCUGGGAUGCCCGACAUUUCUGUUGCAUAACUGACACCCAUGAAACCAGAGGAGGAACAGAGUAGGUCCGUGUUGCCAUGGCUGGCUGAUUUGAUACCACUACCUGUUUACACAUAGCCCAGGCCUCCCUGUUUGGCUCUUUCUCAACACUUUCAGUACUAAUGAAAGGGAUACUAAUGGAUGGUCCACUGGAUUUUCCCCCAGUUGUUUUGGAAAGUGUUACCCACUCACAAACUGCCUUCUGUCUUGCGAUCACAUCUACAGUGCAGCUUGCAGGUGUGGUGGUUUAAAUCAGCCACCAGUGGGGUCUAGGGAUGCCACGACACAAGAAAACCAGGCUACUCCAUUGGCCCGCUUACAGACUGCUGUUUCUAAUACAAGUCCUGGACUGAAGGCUAGUCGGGGUUGAUGCUUUUUUAAAUUUAAAGCCUGUCCUUGGAUUGUUUCCCUGACCUGAGAACAUUUUGCUAGUGUGGACAAGCUUGUUACUGAUGUGAAGGACUCUGCUUUAAAAAAGCACAAAGCAGUGACAUUUUCAUCCAGUGCUUUAUUUUUCAUUCACGUUUUUUUUCUUUUUAAGCCUCAUCGCAUUUCUCACUGCUUGCUACCCAAACAGCUCCACCUCUGCGCUCACCCUUCUCCCAUUUGAGGACCAAUCAGGCUGCAAAGUUCAGGCUGCAGGGUUCUGUUACAGUUUGAGUUUUUUCACAGCACCAAAGUACUAAAUGGUUUUUGUUUUUCACAAUCAGCCAUUCUCCAUUUAAAACUGUACUCUUAUCAUUUUGCCAAUUUUUGUUGUUGUUGACGUUUGCGGACCGAUUGUUCUGGAACCUUUGGGAAAGACCACCUUCUGUCGUAUUCCUACUUGAGUGACUCGUUGGAAUAAACAGAGUAGAACUUUAGUGUAUUAGCUCGUGGCACACGGUGGAUCAGGCACCUUCCUCUUUACAUUCACUGGCUUAUUUGUGCAGCCUGUCUUCCCACCUGUUUUUUAGGCAGACGGGGAAACGAGGCUUUCACAGCACAGACCUGUAAGCUUAUUUUGAUCUGUCACAGUUGAUCAGGAUUGACCUAAGAACCUGAGAAAACAAGCAUCCACCCCUCCUCCCAUCGUUGUGAUGCAGUAAAGCAUUUUUCUCUUUUCCAUCUCAGAAGUGAAACCUUCCAACUACUAUCAACAGUUCCACUAUUUCUCUUCUUUAAAAUUUUUUAAAAUCUCCUUUUCCUCACCUUUGUUCCCAAUAUUAAAGUCCCUGCACACCAAACCCACUCUGUACACCUGGGGGAAGAUUUAAGGCUGAUGAUAAAUGACUUUGGAUAGCAGUUAGUGGACACACACAUCACUGCUAACAGGAAGUGAUGCCAGGCAGUAGUAGUAAGAGCGGAGGGCGGGGUCCAUCCUCGUCCCCCCUCCCUCAUGCUGUAGUCCCGUCCAGCAGACCCCUGCGACCCUCACGCUACGUUCCUGUGUCAGCAGCAGCGUUCUUCCUCGUCGGCUCCACCACGCUCUUCUUCUGUUUCACGUGUCCGUGGCUUUCAGAGCGUUUCUCAGUGGCCGUCCCCAUCUACAAUGGCAUCAUCUUCCUCUUUGUUUUGGCUAACUUCUGUAUGGCCACAUUCAUGGACCCUGGCAUCUUCCCCCGAGCCGAGGAGGACGAGGACAAAGAAGACGAUUUCCGUGCUCCUCUGUACAAGACGGUGGAGAUCAGAGGGAUCCAGGUCAGGAUGAAGUGGUGUUCAACCUGCCGCUUCUACAGGCCGCCACGCUGCUCCCACUGUUCUGUCUGCGACAACUGUGUUGAGGACUUCGACCAUCACUGUCCGUGGGUGAACAACUGCAUCGGCAGGAGAAACUACCGCUACUUCUUUCUCUUCCUGCUGUCUCUGACAGCCCACAUCAUGGCUGUGUUUGGCUUUGGGCUGCUCUUCAUCCUCUACCAUCGGCAGAACAUUGACCGCCUGCACGCCAUUGUCACGCUCGCUGUAAUGUGUGUCGCAGGCCUGUUCUUCAUCCCUGUCGCUGGUCUCACUGGCUUCCACAUAGUCCUUGUGGCUAGAGGCAGGACGACCAAUGAACAAGUAACGGGCAAGUUCAGAGGAGGUGUUAACCCUUUCACCAGUGGCUGUUGGAAGAAUGUCUCUCAUGUCCUCUGCAGCUCACAGGCACCCAGGUAUCUGGGCAGGAAAAAGUGUGCACAGAGUGUGAGUUUGCAGCCUCCUUUUCUUCGGCCACAGCUGACAGAGGCCCAGCUGGCUGCAAAGAUACUGGACAAUGGCAUACAGGGAGAUCUGCACAGGUCAAAGUCCAGUCUGGAAAUGAUGGAGAGCCAGUCCUGUGAUGCUGAGCCACCACCACCUCCUAAACCAGAGCUCCGCUACCCAGGAAUUACCAGAGGAAACACAGAGGAGUGCAGUUUGCUAAAUAAGGCCCCUCCCACUCCCACUAUGUACAAAUACAGGCCCACGUACAGCCCUGGCAAGAACCACACGGCGCUCACACAUGCUUACGCCAACCAGUUAAGUCGAGGGGAGAGCGUCGGCAGUGCCAGGGACUCUUCCUCCUCCACCUCUUCCCUCCUCCAGGCCAGCCAGCAGCCUGGUUUCCGCUCGCAGCCCAGCCUUGAUCGGAGGGAAACGUCGUCUGAAAGAGUGGGGGGGGGAGGAGGAGGAGAGAGGAGGGAGGUGGGGCGAGAGGGGGGAGGAGGAGGAGGGGGCAUUCCUGGCUAUUCUCUGGGCGGGCGCUCCUACCCCUCCUUCUCCGACCCCACCGUCCUGUCUGGAGUGGCGUCGCGAUCUUCCAGCUCCACGCACACCUCGGCGGGCACCGUCCACAUCUCCGAGGCCACCACCGCCUCCGCCAGCUUCAAGAGCUUAGCCAAUCAGACACCCCCGCCCCACCACCCAUCUCGCAACGGGAGCCUGUCUUAUGACAGCUUGCUAGCAGGCGGCGAUGAGUUUGACAAAGGAGUGGGCGUGAGCUCGGCGGCCCCCGACGUCUCCGGUGGGAGACCCUGCACGCCAGCGGCGGGUGGUGGCUACAGCUCCCCCUUCCUGUCGUCACAGCAGAGAGAGGCUGAGAUGCAGUCCCAGUCAAGCCAGUCACCCCACCACCACCACCGUUCUUCUCACCACCACCACCCCUUCCUCCAUCACUCCUCAUCCUCCACGUCUUCCUCCCCACCACCUCCACCAGAGAGGGAGCGCCUGCUGGGCGAGCCCCACCUACCUGUCGCGCCUGCCGGUCAAACCUCCUCUGCUCCACCGCCCUCACACCACCACCACCAUCACCACCACCACCACCAUUCCCACCACCACCAUCACCACUCCUCGUCCUCUUCCUCCACCUCUCGUCCUCCACGCUUUGCUGCCCCUCACGCAGCUCCCCACCACGCCUACCCCUAUCGCACCCGUUCGACUGACACGCCUCUGGGCUCCUCCUCCACCACGCAUCCUCCCCGCUCCCCACACCCCCCACCUCUGGGCAAGUCGCUCUCUUAUUCAAGUGCAGCUGCCGCCGAAAUGCAGUACCGGCUGGUCCGCAAGGCCUCGGCGUCGGCCGGAGCAAACGCAGCAGGGGUAGGAGGAGGUGGAGGAGGAGGCGGAGGGAUGGGAGGAGGAGGAAUCCAAGUGCCGAAGGAUGAGCUGAUGCAGAUGAAAUCUCUGAGUCGGAUUAAUGGAGGUCAGCCCUUCUCCUCAACUUCCACCUCCUCCUGCUCCGCCCCUUCCUCUCCCUCUCACCCAGUCAACGCGUCUGCCCCGCCCAGAGUAGCCUGUCCCAGCCCAGCACUGAUGCGGAGUCCUGCCCACAAGCCCCAAGGCAGCGGGGUGAAGAAGGUGACAGGUGUCGGGGGCACCACCUAUGAGAUUUCAGUCUGACUGGCAGUCAGCCUCCAGCUCCAGGACCAGUGACACUAAGUGGACGUAGCACUACGUCUUUAUGCCCGCUAAGGAACAAAUUCAGAUUUUACCCAACAAAACAGCUUCCUGCUGUGGACCUGGACACCUGGACCUUACUUCUCAUUGGCUGUGUGACUGAGCAGCCCCUCCAGUAGAAACCUGGACUAAAGUGAGGCAGAAUCAGAGGCGCUGCGCUAGAAAAGACUAGUUCUUGGUCCAAACAGACCCCACGUUGCUCACUUCUGCUUAGGUCUGUGUGUGGCAUUGUACAAGCAUAGCAGCGAAAAGGCGUUAGCACUGCCAGGGAUAGGGGCUGGAUCCCCGCGGGGUCCACUCUGGAACAGGUCUGGACUCGAGCUGUGUUUACCUGACGUUUGUUGCCUCUCUCUUUUUAGACCUCAUCAGUUUCACACUUGUAUUCAGAUCAUGAAACUGUGGAACCCAGAGGGCUCCCUUUAGGACAGGUGAUGAGUCACACCAGGGGGGAGUGCAGGUAAACCAUGCUUUUACCAGCAGCAUCCACCUGAUGGAGCACAGUCAGAUGGCACUGGACCACAGGAGGGGGUGUGUGUGUGUGUGUGUGUGUGUAAUCCUGAACCCAGUGAAAGGGAGCUGUUAGCGGCCCUGUACCAUUCUGCUUCGAUGAUGAUGAACUCUGACUUCAUUCCUGUUGGAGGAAAGAAAAGUGUAAGAUUUGAAGGGGGAGGGGGAACGAGCAGACUUCUCUCUCUGCUGCAUUUGUUGAUUUAUUCCUAGAUGUGAAUAUGAUUCCAUGUUUGUACAGGAUGAUGUGAUUUUUAAAUGUGGUUUCCUGUUUUUAAAAAAAAAAAAAAAAAAAAAUGUGGACUGCAGCAUGCACUACUCCAACACGCCCCUGUAGGCCGCCAUGUUUGGCUGCAGACGCACAGGUCAUUCCAUCUGAAGUCAUCACAUUUGAUUGGCUUAAAAAUGGUUUAAAAUGGGAAACAUGUACUGAUUGUAAAUGCAGUCUGCAAAUAAUCAUGUGGAUAUUUCAUUUAAAGCAAAGGCCCAUCCGUUCACUUUCAGACCUUUUUUUUACUCUCACUGUCAGAUGUGAGUCAGCGUUUGAACGUGAAUCUCUCCAAAGUGUCGAAAGAAAACAGUCUGACCAUGAAACUGAAUCAGGAUCAAUCUGUACCUUCAGGUGACUGCUGAUGUGAUUUGGUGCUGUAGAAAUAAAACUGGACUGAGCUGAAACACCAGGAAGCUCUCAGUGUGUAGUUGGAAAAACUGCAGAAGACUAGUGACAGUUUGACAGUAAUGCAAAAUAAAACAUGUAGAAUACUUUGGACAAAAAGAUCAGCAGAUGCGCUGAUACAAAUUUAACCAGUUACCAUAUGGUACUCAAAUUAUAACCUUUCUUUUUAAUAUCAGCAUAUGUUUCUCGUCCCAAAGUCUCACAGCUGAAGACAAUUUUUCAAGCUACAGAAAAAUGUAGCAAAGGGAGAGGAAUGAAAACAGGACGUAUACACAUUAGAGUGUGUGAGUGUGUGUGUGUGUGUGGUGAUUUCAGAUGGAACGACCACGUGUUGUGUUCUCUGAACAAACGAAAGCGAAUCUGGAAACUGUUUUAACUUGUCGUUGUUAAAGGUGGGACAGGAUUUUGUGGAAAAUGAGCGAAUGCCUUGAAAAUGCAAGUGUUGUCCUUUUUUUUUAUUUCACCUAUUUAAAUUGACCUUGUUUUAUAUGAAUUUCUAUGGAAAUCUAGCUAUUGAUAAAUAUUGCAGAGUUUUUAAUAUUGACCCAGAAGAGGUUGUGUUUGCCAUUGUGUCAGUUUGAGCCUCUGGAUAAAACCAUUAAAGCAGCACCUCCCAUUG